CGAGACACGUCCACGCUCCCUAGAUACUUGCGAGAGUGUAGUAGAACUUUCAGACAUACUUAAUGACCUAUAAUACACCUUUCAUCCCUCCUCCCUCGUCCUCCCUCCGCCCCCUAGCUCCCGUCCUGCUACGCGUGGCAGACACCCUUAUUGCGCCAGACUGUCCACUCUUUCACGGACACCCAAGUUCAACACCAUGGAACAGCCGUUCACGGAGGUAGAAAAGCGCUUUGUUCUCGCCGAAGCCAUCAAGUUAAGCACCAUCUCCGUCGACAGGCUCUUCUCAGUUCUCGCCGAGCAUAAUGUUAGCCCAGACUGGGAGCAGAUGCUCCUGCCACAUGGACGGAAUUUAUUACAGUGUAAACACGCGUUCAAUUCCCUCCAACAUGGGCCAUCUAGCCAGCUCUCAACUCCGCAGCCUUUCACUCAAACCUUCCUCAACCCACCGCCAGUAUAUUCCAGCUCUUCUGGCGGCAAACGCCAAUCGAUGAACAUGCCUCCAGGCCCAGGCCCAGACCAAAAACGACCAAGAAAGUCUGGUGCCGAGACCCCAACGCUCGCACGCGAUCUCCUGCCGAAGCCUGCGAAUCCUAAUGGCGGCUCCCCAAUGUCAACGAUGGCCUCCUCGCCACCAGCGACCACCAGUCAAAAGAAGCGCGGCCGACCAUCAAAGGCAGACGUUGAACGCAAACAAAGAGAGGCAAUCGAAAGAGGGGAAAUUAUAACACCAGCAGCACAGUCACCGGCAGGAAUGCCUGGACCCGACGAUAGUAGAUCUGGAUAUGCGCCCGUAUCAAUUCUGCCAGCGCCUCCUGGUCCAAGAGAAACGGUUAUGGGGGGCAUCAUGCCAAGUAUUUUAUCACCGAGAACUGGGUCAUUUCCGCAAAUGGUUAUGGGACCUGACUCACCUGCUUCAAUUGGCGCAGAGCCUACCGGGAAGAAAAGGAAACCGCGGCCACCUCCUAAGCCAAAAGUCCAAAAGCCAGGUGAACACCAGUUUUCAAUUAAUACACCAACUGGACAGGCAGGACAAGGAGAAACCCCGUCGGCUCCAGUUCCAACGGACGCUGCACAGGCUGUUCCCAUAGCUGCUGCUCAAGACCUUGGAAACCCACCACCAAAUAUUACCCCAGCUGCAAUGCAGGAUUCAGCACCAGGAAACCAAUCCGCGCCUGAUGAUAAGUAGGCUGGCUAUCUUAGUCCUCGAAUGAGAUUUAUGGUCUUCUAGGCGCUCGAGUCGUACCGGCGAAUACCUGAACUUCCAAACGCUUCUAAUGACCCGAUUUCCUUUACGGUUCCGUAAUUCGAUCGAAUUAUCAGACGCAUUUUACUAGAUUUUACGCUUCUACGAUCGCAUAAUUGGAGCAUAUCUU